AGUUGAAUAUUGUCCAAUGCAGUGGACAUCCCUAUCUCACAUGAACUUUGGAGCUGACCUACACAGGCGUUUAAGCUUUUGACCUCCACUUACUACACACAGAUCUGCUCUGCUGUCUCUCAGUCUGCACAAACUCUGACUUCUCAGCUUGAACUGAAUUUGAACAUCGCCUCAGUUGCGCACAGCAGCAGCAUGGCAGAGCCCAGCGGGAUCUUGAUAAAAGGAGGUAAAGUGGUGAAUGAAGACUGCUCCGUGAUCAGCGACGUCUACAUUGAGAAUGGAAAAAUAGUUGAAGUUGGGCUGAAUCUUCAGGUCCCAGGCGGGGUGCGAGUGAUCGACGCCACCGACAAACUGGUGAUCCCCGGCGGCAUCGACACGCACACACACAUGGAGCUAGCGUUCAUGGGCACCAAGGCUGUGGACGACUUCCACAUCGGAACCAAGGCCGCUGUAGCAGGAGGGACCACAAUGAUCCUGGACUUUGUCAUCCCCCAAAGGGGCACGUCCCUCCUGGAGGCCUACGACUGUUGGCGAAAGACAGCUGACCCCAAAGUUUGCUGCGACUACUCGCUGCAUGUCGCUGUCACAUGGUGGAGUGACAAGGUGAAAAAAGAGAUGCAGACACUGACUGAAGAGAAGGGAAUUAAUUCCUUUAAGAUGUUUAUGGCCUAUAAAGAUGUGUUCAUGCUUCAGGACACUGAGCUGUAUGCUGCCUUCUCUCAGUGUAAGGAGAUUGGAGCUAUAGCUCAGGUGCAUGCUGAGAAUGGAGACCUGAUUGCAGAGGGGGCUAAGAAGAUGCUGUCUAUGGGCAUCACGGGGCCAGAGGGCCAUGAGCUGUGUCGGCCGGAGGAGGUGGAGGCCGAGGCCACCCAGCGAGCCAUCACCAUAGCCAGUGCUGUCAACUGCCCGCUCUAUGUGGUCCAUGUCAUGAGCAAAUCUGCUGCCAAGGUGGUUGCUAAUGCACGCAGAGAGGGGCAUGUGGUGUAUGGGGAGCCUAUUGCAGCAGGAUUGGGCACUGAUGGUACUCACUACUGGCACAAAGAAUGGGCUCAUGCUGCCAGCUUCGUCAUGGGUCCUCCCCUCAGACCUGACCCCAGCACCCCUGGGUACCUCAUGGACCUACUGGCCAAUGAUGAUCUCAGUGUAACUGGGACGGACAACUGCACCUUCUCUGUGUGCCAGAAGGCCCUCGGCAAAGACGACUUCACCAAGAUCCCAAACGGAGUGAACGGAGUGGAGGACAGGAUGUCUGUCAUCUGGGAGAAAGGAGUGCACAGUGGCAAAAUGGACGAGAAUCGAUUUGUAGCUGUCACCAGCAGCAACGCAGCAAAAAUCUUCAACUUCUAUCCGCAGAAAGGCCGUAUCGCCAAGAACUCAGAUGCUGAUGUGGUUAUAUGGGACCCUAAGAUGACAAGGAAGAUCUCAGCCAAGACCCACCACCAAGCUGUGGACUACAACAUCUUUGAGGGCAUGGAGUGCCACGGUGUCCCUGUCCUCACCAUCUCCAGAGGGAAAGUGGUCUAUGAGGAUGGGCGGUUAAAUGUGUCACCAGGGCAUGGCAGAUUCAUCCACAGGAAACCCUUCACUGAAUAUGUUUACAAAAGAAUCAAUCAAAGGGAUAAGGUGGGGCAGCCUAAAGCUGUGAUCAGAAAGCCCUAUGAAGGCAAAGUCAUUUCUCUAUGAACAACCAACCCAGAACAUGAAAGGCACUUGUACUCUCCAGCUGUGUGUCUCCAGUACAAUCCAGAAGCAACCAAAGCCAAAACAAGUAAAUGCUGUCUCAGGCUGAUCUGAGUGACUUUUCUACAGUUUUGACAUAAAGUCAUACGUUCCUUAUUCCGCUAUUCAGAUUACUGUGUGCAGUAAAGGGGGUGGUGUUGGUGUUAAGGUCAACUCUGAUCAGUUAAGGUCAAUGCUCUGUUGGCAGAUAAUACCUUUGUUAUAUUUGUUCAACUGUGCAAAGUUUCCAGGUCAGCUGAGCUCAGUACACAGGUUGGUAGAACUCACUGUGCUGCUGAAAAUUAUGUUUGCUCUUACAUACAUUACGCAAUCAAGUUUCUGUAAGGAAUGAAGACAGGGCUUAUGCAUGAUUUCAGGAUCGUUCAUCACUAUA